CUCCGCCGGAAGUUGUUCGUGGGAACCGGAAGAGGAGCUUCAUGCGCGUGGUGCCGGCAUCUCUCCAUCAUGGCGGCCAUCGGAGUUCACUUCGGCUACACCUGCAGCUGCGUGGCGAUAUUCAAGGAUGGACGGGCUGAUGUGGUGGCUAAUGAUGCAGGAGACAGAGUGACUCCAGCUGUGGUGUCCUACAGAGACACUGAGCAGAUUGUAGGUAUUGCAGCAAAGCAAGGACGGGUCCGCAACGCCGCCAACACAGUUGUUAAAGUGAAACAAGUGCUGGGGAGAAGCUUCGAUGAUCCAGAGACACAAGCUCACAAAACAGAGACCAAGUGUCAGGUGGUCAACAGAGGGGACAAGCCUUCUUAUGAGAUUACAGCGGGAGAUCACCCAGAGUAUGUUGCUCCACAUGAUGUCGCAAAACUCAUCUUCCAAAAAAUGAAAGAAACAGCUCAGUCCGCUCUGGACUCCGAUGUCACCGACGCCGUCAUCACCGUGCCUUUUGAGUUUGCACAUGCUCAGAAGCGUGCUCUGAGGAAGGCCGCGGAGGCUGCAGGUUUCAAUGUACUCAGGCUGAUCCACGAGCCCGCUGCUGCUCUGUUAGCCUACAACAUCGGACAGGACUGUCCUUCUGGGAAGAGCCACGUUCUAGUGUAUAAGCUGGGCGGGACGUCCCUGAGUGUGACAGUGCUGCAGGUCAACGGAGGAAUUAUCCGGGUUCUCGACACCCACACCGACCACAGCAUCGGAGGAGAGAGCUUCACCCAGGCUUUGGCCCAGCACCUCGCCGCCGAAUUCAAACGCACCUAUAAGCAUGACGUGAGCAGUAAUGUCCGGGCGAUGAUGAAGCUGAUGAAUGGAGCCGACAUGGCCAAACACUCUCUGUCCACGCUGGGGUCGGCCAACUGCUUCGUUGACUCCCUGCACGACGGCAUGGACUUUGAAUGCAACAUCUCGAGAGCUCGAUUUGAGCUACUCUGCUCGUCACUCUUCAACAAGAGCAUCCAGCCAAUCAGACCCCUGCUGGAGAAGGCGGGACUCCCCACCAGCGACAUUAACAAGGUGGUUCUCUGCGGAGGCUCGGCCAGGAUCCCUCGCCUCCAGCAGAUGAUCCGCGACAUGUUUCCUGAUGUGGAGCUUCUCAACUCAGCACCUCCCGAUGAGGUCAUCGCUGUGGGAGCAGCCCUGGAGGCCGGCUUACUGGUCGGCAAAGAAAGCCUCGCCCCGAACGAAGAGUCUGUCACAGUGGAUGUUUCUGUCUCUGACAUACUAGUGAAGGAGGUGGACGAAUCAGGAGCUGAGGUGUUCACCGUUCUCCUUCCGUCGGGCACGCCGCUCCCCGCCCGCAGACAUCACGUCCUGAGCGGAGGGGGGGAACUAUCCUCCCUCUGUCUGGAGAUUUACCAGAGAUGUGUCACAGAGGAGCCAGAAAAGCUAGCGAAGAUUGUCUUGAAGAACCUGCAGCCCAAAGAGGAGAACCACGACAUCGACGCCGUGGUGACCAUGAAAAGGGACGGCUCCGUUCAUGUGUCCUGUGUAGAGCAGAGCAGUGGAAGGCCAGAGGUCGUCACCAUAGCAGCUGCAUCCUGAAGCUGCUGGUUUGCAAGUCCAAACCGCACACCACCACACAAUUUCAGUGCAAUGUUCUGUUUGUUUAGUUUUUUUCUCACUCAAUAAACAUAAUAAAACCCAAACUAUAUGCU